AGGACAGGUUGAGGGGCGUCGGGGAAAGGAAGAGGGGGUGCUAUAGGCAAUCCCGGGGAGGAAGAGGAAGCCCUGUCGCAGGAAGCUCUGAUCCGCUCUGACUUGUAGGGGGCUUGUUCACAUUUGGGGAUUGGUGACAACGUGGGUGCACUCUUGGGGGGGCUGGUUAGAUUGGAGGGUGUGGGAUCUAAACUGCACCAGCUGUCCCCAAUAAAAUUUAAGGGGCAGCCAGGGCGUAGAAAAACAUAACACUGAUGUGCCUCAUUUUGAGGUGGCAGAAGACACCUCAAACUACCUGGUGUAUCCACUAGGAAGGGUGGAUUUGGAGGUGACUUCAAAAGGAGUGGAGGGUGUGAAGGCGAAGAAAGGGUCUUGGCCGCUAGAAUUCUAGGCUACUAGACCUGGGGGAACUUGGUGAAAAAGGUAUUAUCCAGCCAUAGGGUCUGGGAGCCCCGUCUUACUGAACCUGGGCAACCUGGAUAUUCUGAGAUAUUUUGGGGGGAUUUCAGUGAAAAAAGUGGGGGAUCCCCUCCGCUUAGAGUGUAGCAAGGGAAAAAACACCAAGUUUGGGUUCCUUCCUGACAUUGGCAGUGCCCCCGUAGGAGUGAGGUGGUCGAUAUCCCCAAAGCUAAAGUCCCACACCCUGUAGAUUACAAGAGUGGAUUUGGUAGGAGUGUGCCCCAAAAUACAGUGGAAAGGUGUCUGGAGAUAUUUAAACCACGUCUUGGAAAUUUUGGGGGGCUUGGCUUUGGGACAGGUGAAGUGGGGACAGACACUGGAGAGGAGGGAAAGGGGACGUUUUCAAUACGAGGCAAAACUCGAGGGUGGGAUCAACUGAGGACUGCUUAGGCUGCUGGAUCUGGUGGAGCUAGCACUGGGCCCACGGGUGGAAGCUGGCUGCUGUGGAGGGGGGAACCUGGGGGUAGUCUGGGGCUUCUCCUCAGGUCCUGUGGGUGGGGCAGCAAGUAGGGGCCUGAGCGUCAAGAGCAUGCCCUAGUGAGCGGGCUCCUCUGGGGGAGCCCAGCGCGCUCCGGGCGCCGGCCGGUUUGGGGGUGUCUCCUCCCGGGGCGCCAUGGCGGCGCUGGCCAGUAGCUUGAUCCGGCAGAAGCGGGAGGUCCGCGAGCCCGGGGGCAACAGGCCGGUGUCGGCGCAGCGGCGCGUGUGUCCCCGCGGCACCAAGUCCCUUUGCCAGAAGCAGCUCCUCAUCCUGCUGUCCAAGGUGCGACUGUGCGGGGGGCGGCCCGCGCGGCCGGACCGCGGCCCGGAGCCUCAGCUCAAAGGCAUCGUCACCAAACUGUUCUGCCGCCAGGGUUUCUACCUCCAGGCAAAUCCCGAUGGGAGCAUCCAGGGCACCCCAGAGGAUACCAGCUCCUUCACCCACUUCAACCUGAUCCCUGUGGGGCUCCGUGUGGUCACCAUCCAGAGUGCCAAGCUGGGUCACUACAUGGCCAUGAACGCCGAGGGACUGCUCUACAGUUCGCCGCAUUUCACAGCUGAGUGUCGCUUUAAGGAGUGCGUCUUUGAGAAUUACUACGUCCUGUACGCCUCUGCUCUCUACCGCCAGCGUCGUUCUGGCCGGGCCUGGUACCUCGGCCUGGACAAGGAGGGCCAGGUCAUGAAGGGAAACCGAGUUAAGAAGACCAAGGCAGCCGCCCACUUUCUGCCCAAGCUCCUGGAGGUGGCCAUGUACCGGGAGCCUUCUCUCCACAGUGUCCCCGAGACCUCCCCUUCCAGUCCCCCUGCCCCAUGAAAUGUAGUCCCUGGACUGGAGGUUCCCUGCACUCCCAGUGAGCCAGCCACCACCACAGCCUGUCUCCCAGUCCUGCUCUCACCCCUGCUGCCACACACAUGCCCUGAGCAGCCAGGUCUCACCAGCUGCUCCACCCUGAGGGAGCCUAGGGGCAAGCUGUGACUUCCGGGGCUGCUGAGACCCUUAGAUCCUUGGGUUUAGGAGGGAGUCAGAGAGGGGGAUGUCUGAAGAUGGUCCUGGGUGAUCACUUCCUUCUUUCCACACUCACACAACCCCCAGGCCUUUUCCUGAGAUGGCGCUGGGAGUUCCCAAACGGGCAGCCAGGGCAUAAACACUCCCCAGCCCGGCUCAGCCAGUUCCUGGAGUCCUGUGCCCCUUUUCAUUGCCACUGAGCCAUUUGUAGAUUCACUGGAGUUCAGGAUUCACAUGUCCUUCUUUCCCUCCUCUACCUUCUACCUUGGUCUGGACAUGUUCUGGACACCCUAGCCAGGGCCACUGCUGUACUAGGGCCUGUGCUGGAAGGCAAGCAUGCUGCCAGGAUUUGCUCUGGAUCCAUCAGGCAUCUGCCCUUGACUUGGAUGAACCCCUGGUUUCCAAGUAGAAAGUGGCUAGAUUUGAGCUUUGUCUAGCUGUUGGCUUUGGCCUGAACGGGAACCAGUCUCAGUUGACCACAGGUUUAACCUUCUUAUCCCAGAGACACCCAAUUCUAGAGCAUUAUGGAGCCAUACUUCCUCCUGAAUCCCAGCUCUAGAACAUAGACCAUGACUCCCAGCCCUUUUACCCAGGAUGGAACUGGGGCUUGGAUAGCCAAAUGAUUGCUCUCAGUUCUAGCCCCACCCUCCCACCUUCUUGAAUGAUUACCUAUUAUGGAUGAGUUCUGGAAAAGACCCAGCUAUGAUUCAUAAAAACAGUUCUGGAUGAAUCAAGAACCACUUCUUGUUUUUCCUAGAUAAUUCUCUAAAAAUAUGAUUCUUCCAUAUAGAAUGCUAAGCUUAUUUUUACAUGCAGUUUCUAGCUCCUUCAACCCAGCUGAGGUCGUGCCAGGGAGACAGAGUCUG